GAAAGCAAUUUGAUGUCCUCUCCUAACUGUUCCAUUUCCGGCAGGGGUUCAGCCCGGAUAAAAUUUAGUAACAAUAUUGCAAGAGAUUCCCAGUUCUCAUGCUUUUUUUGCAGGAAACCUGCUCUCUGAACAUUUAAAUUGAUCUUUACGAAAAAAGUGGACUAGAUAAAAUAAUUUAUUAAAAAAAUAAAUCUAUUAAAUUAAAAAAAGUCUAUUUUAAACACUCUAACGACAAUUUUAAACAUGUUUAUAACAUACGGAUAGUUUUUAGAGAUUUCUAGAUACGAAAAGAUCCUAAGCUCACUUUUAAAAUGAUAUUUUUUUGUGAUGAGUAAGAAAAAAAAAUGAAUUUCUAUGGAUUUUGGAGAAUGUUUAAUGAUUAAAUUGAUAAAUUACCGUUCAAGAUCACUUUACAUUUGUCAAUUGUCAAGUGAAAGAAGCAAUAUCAUUUUUGUAAAUUCAGAACCUAAUGCUUGGAUUUAUGCAGGAUUUGACCAGGUUGAAAGAAGGUUGAGAAAGGGAAAUAUUAAGGCAUCCAUAAUUUGACCUGAAAAAUUCAUCUGCAUUGACAAUGUCAGAUAUUCCUAGCAACGUAUCAUAGCUUCCAAUUGCAACUGAUUGAACAAGCCUUAAUUUGUGACCAGCCCUUCUCAUAUAAAUAACUUCUCUCUUACGUCUGGAAUCUACAUAUACUUGUCUAAAGCAUAUGCAAAUCCACUAGUUCUCACACCAGUUUAAUCAUCUUUGCUAUUUCUUUGCCAAUUGCUCAAAUUCACAGCUUGAAUAUUGGGGGACGAACUGAGGAACACAGAAAAACAGAAGAACAUGGCUGGCAGCCGAAUGAUGGGUUUGGUGGGAUUCUUGGUUGUUGCAGUGGGGUUAUUACAAGGCGCAAAUGCUGCUACAAAAUACACAGUUGGAGAUAGUUUGGGAUGGACUGUCCCUCCCAGCAAUUCUGUUGGAUUCUAUGAGGAUUGGGCUAACAACAGGACAUUUCAGAUAGGCGAUUCUCUUGUGUUCAACUGGACUGGGACACAUACAGCAACUGAAGUAGCAUCAGAAGAGGAAUACAAUAACUGCACAAAGACAGGAAUAGUGAUAACAACGAGCGGAGUAAAUGUCCUUCUUUCUGCAAACGGUACUCGCUACUUUGUCUGUUCAGUAGCCACAAAUUGUGAACAAGGUAUGAAGGUGGCUAUCAGAGUCGGAAACGGCGUACCACCGCCUCCACUUCCUCCCUCUGCCGCUCCUUCACUCACCAUCGGUUCCUUGACUGCUGUGCUCUCCUCCAUACUCAUCUUGUUCUUCAGUUAUAUGUGAAAUGUUUCUUGGUUAACAUUGGAUCAUGUCUUAUUGCGGAUUGCAGUUGAUGAUUCUUUCUUUCUCUC